AUGCCAACUUCAGCAGUUGUACCUCCAGAGUUUGACGAGAAGUUAAAUCAUCUCUUUUUUGCCCAAACAGCUAUAACAAGAGAAGUGGAUGCUGAAGCAAAGGAUUAUGAAUCAUGCAAUAACUUUUUGGAUAUUUAUGAAACUUUUGUCGAAAAUCGACAAAAUUUAAUUAAUGAAUUGCGAAAUAUUGCAGAUAAGUCCGUGAAUGUAAAGAAAAAAUGCAGUAUCUCAACAAUUACUGGGAGUUCCCUUGGUAUUGCUGGUGGUGCUACAGCCAUAGUAGGGACAGUUGUAUCUCCACCUUUACUUGCUGGAGGUAUAUAUCAGUGUCUAGGAUUGCUUGUCGCUGGACUUGCAACGGCAUCAAAUUUGGGAGUACAACUAACUCAGUACUUAAUGUUUCGUGAAAUGAUCACAAAAGUUGUUUCUUUAUCAAAAUAUGAUAUCGAACUGAUGCAAGAUAUUGAAAGCAUGUAUCAAGAAACUCUGAAUGUUAGUCUAGUAAGACUCUUCUUCAAAACAUAUGAUGCUGUUGGUGAAGCACUUAGAACAGUGGAUUCAAAAAAUUUACCAUCUCUAGGGCUUCAACUUGGAGCUGGUGGUGCGAAAAGUGCAACUGCAUUGGGUUUACGUAGUGUGGGAAUCGAAAUGGUUCAAGUUGGAAGUAAAUUAAUGCGAGGUGUUGCUCGAGGAGUUCUUGGAUUAAGUGUUGUUAUCGAUGGCAUGACUAUUCUGCUUUCAGUUCGUGAUAUAGUCGCAGGCUCUGUUCAUACGGCUUACUGCGUGCCGGAACGCAGUCAUAAAUUUAGUAAUUCUCUUAAAGAACAAGGGAGUUCAGUUCUUUGUUUUAAUUAUAUGCAGUCAAUGUUAACAUUACACAUUUACUUGUUGGGUACAGUUUCUGGGUUUAGUGUUGGUAAUCAUAUGUGGUUGUGGGUGAGGGGUGUGUGGGGAAACAUGUUCAAAAGGAAAAGUGAUCAGUCGCUCACUCAUGCUGGUGAUGAUAAUAAACGCACUUCUUAUUCCACGAAAAAAAAAGUACUUCCUUAUGAAGAUGCAUACCUCCGAUCUGUUCCGCGCGCGACCCUUUAUGAAAAGUCGUUCAUGCAUCGUGAAACGAUAACUUACGUUAUCGCUACUCCAACAAAUUUCAUCAUAACAGCUAGUACAGAUGGGCAUCUAAAAUUUUGGAAAAAGAAACAUGGUGAAGGGAUUGAAUUUGUAAAGCAUUUCCGCUGCCAUUUGCAUGCGUUUUCUCAUUUGACGGUAAAUCACAAUGGAACACUGAUGGCAACAGUUUGUAUGUUUGACAGGUCAUUGAAAAUAUUUGAUGUGCCCAAUUUUGAUAUGAUUAAUAUGUUGAAUACUAAUUUUUCACCGACAACUGCUGCUUGGAUACAUCAAGGAAAUGAUGUGAUUCAAGCGCUAGCUGUGUCAGAUUUAGAUUCAGGCAAAAUAUAUAUUUAUGAUGGCAAAGGUGACAGUAAGCCGCUACGCAUUUUGGACAAGAUUCAUUCUCAUCCUGUUAAACUCAUUGAAUACAAUUCCCAUUUUGAUUGUGCUAUUUCUGUCGAUGUUACGGGAAUGCUGGAAUUUUGGUCUGGACCAAAAUGCAAUUAUAGCUUUCCAGAGAACAUCAAGUGGUUAUAUAAAACGGACACAGAUCUUUAUGAAUUUAUUAAAAUCAAAGCACCGCCGCAUUGUUUGGUAAUAUCACCGAACGGAAAAAUAUUUGCAACGGUUGCAACUGAUCGACGUAUUAGAAUAUUCGAUUUUUCUACUGGAAGGAUAAUUAGUAUCAUCGAUGGGACACUGCAGUCGUAUUUGAAUCAAGCAGCACUAAAUAACAAUUAUGGUUUACAAAAUAUGGAGUGGAGUCGACGAGUCGCGCUCGAAAAGGAUUUGGACCAGGAUGACAGUACUUUCCAGCAUUUAUCAUUAUGUUUUGAUGAAAGUAGCAAUUUCAUAAUUUAUCCUACUCCUGUAGGUAUUAGAGUUUACAACUUACAUACUGAUCAGGUAGUACGAGAAAUCGGAAAAAAUGAAAAUAUGCGAUUUUUGAGUGUAUCUCUUUGCCGAGCUAUCCCAGAUUCUAGGGAGCAGUUUCAGGGAGCAGCAGCAACGAUUGAUGCAGUGGCUGCAACAAAUCCAAAUUUCAAGAAAACAGAGCCUGAUCCUAUGUUGGUCGCGUGUGCAUAUCGGAAAAACAGAUUCUAUUUGUUUACUAAUUCAGAGCCAUUUUCAACUGAUGAGAAUGAAGAUUUCUCUAAUAUGGAUAUGGGGCGGGAUGUUUAUAAUGAAAAGCCUAAAAAAGAGGAUGUUAUAACCGCUGUAGAGAAUGAUACAGCUGAUAGUAAGAUCAAUGAAUCAGCAGUAUUACAUACUUCAUUUGGUGAUAUACAUAUCAAAUUGUUUUCUAAUGAAUGUCCGAAAGCAGUUGAAAAUUUUUGUACUCAUGUGCGAAGAGGAUACUACAAUGGUCUCACGUUUCAUCGUGUAAUUCGUAGUUUCAUGAUCCAGGAAAGCCUUUUUAUUAAUCUUGCUAUUCAUAAAAUUUAUUAUCUUUACGUGUUGCGUGACCCUACAGGUAAAGGGACAGGCGGACAGUCAAUUUGGGGGGAAGAUUUUGAGGAUGAGUUCCACCCUAAAUUAAGACACGAUAAACCUUUUAUGGUUUCAAUGGCAAAUGCAGGCCCAAAUACGAAUGGUUCUCAAUUUUUUAUCACAGUUAUUCCUGCUGAUUGGUUAGAUGGCAAAAACACCCUUUUUGGACAGGUAACAGAAGGUUUUAAUGUGGUCCAAAAAAUAAAUCAAGUGCCGACAUUUGAAAAAAGUGGCCGACCAAAACAGGAAAUAAGUAUUGUUUCUAUUACACUGAAAUGA